GCCUCUCAUUUCCUGGCCCCUCGGAGAGGGAAGGUGCUGUCGCCGGGGGCCCACGCUCUGGGAGAUGCUGGUGAUCUGGAUUCUGCUGCUGGCCUUCCAGCUCUGGACGUCCACUGGUACCUCGGAUCCAACAUCAAAAGCGGGCACAACCGUGGGCCUGUCGACCCCUGAAUGCAUCUCUGAAUCUGCACACUCAUCAGAUUCGCUACAGACCUCGGCAACCACAGUCCCAUCUGAAGCAUCCACAGCUUCCAAAGGAAGCCUUGGUUCAUCUCCCACUGCACCAUCAACCUACAGCUCCCAAACUGCAGUUUCGGAAGGGGUGUCUACGGCUGCACCCAGCAGCAGCACCACCUCAGACUAUGCACCAGUGCAGACAGACGUCACGGUCCUUUCUGAGGCAUCCACAUUCUCUGGAACAAGCCCCGUCUCCACUCACACUCCAGCGUCACCAUGCAGCUCGCCUACCUCAGUGUCCGUGGAAGGACAGACAUCCUCGCCUGGCAGCACAGACUCAGAACUCACAGGUGUGCCCUCCUCCAGCUCUCACAGCACUGCACAGUCUGUGGGAUCUAUAGCCACGGCAGAGAGCUCAGCCACAGCAGAGUCCACUGACAGCCCACAAACCACAGGCCUGGGUGGAGGAUGGACAGCAUCUGCACAGGGGUCACCCACAGCAAGCACUGCCACGCCCUCUGGUAGCUCCCAAACCACCAUCUUGCCUUUCUCUUCCACAGCUUUAGCAGGCAGCCCGGAUUCAGCACACAGUACAGGGCCAACACACAGCUCCCUGACCCCAGGGGAGACCGAAGUGUCCACAGCCUCACCUGCUAGUCCAGGCUCAGCACUCACAACGCUGUCAUCAGACACAGUGCACACAGCCCUCCUGACUGUGGAGUCUGCCACCUUCCAAAGCAGCCUCACCACCACACCCACAGGAGUGUCUCCCAGCAACUCCCCAGCCACCAUCUCGCCUCACAGACCUGCAACACUCUCACCAGACUCCUCUUCAGGGCACACGAGCGUCUCGUCUGAGAUCUCUCAAAGCACAGCUGAGCAUGAAGGACCAACUGCCACAAGCAGCUGGACUUCGACACACACUACAGUGAUAGUGGAUGUCACCUCCCCAGCCACCAUUUGGCCAGAAGCAUCUGCAAGCUUUCCAAGCAGCACAGGCCCACCACACACCACGGUGAUUUCAGCACAGAGCACUCACAUCUCAGUCACGGGUGAGGAAUGGACGACCGGGAAAGUCAGCUCUGAGUCUACACCCUCAAUGCUGCCCUCACAGACCUCUGCAGCCACAGACCGUGGGGAUGCAUCCAGUGUGUCUCAGGGGAGCCCUGUUCCGGCACAUACAACUCCCUCAUCCUACAGCUCCCGAACCUCAGUGCGGGGUGAGGGAACCACAGUGUUUCUGGCUGACACCAGUCCAGGUGGGACAACAGUGCCAUCAGACAGCACCCCAACCUCAGUCCUCUCUGAAACAUCCACAGUCUUUGAAAGAAGUCCUUCCACACUGAGUGCACUGGCCCCAGGAAACUCCCAAACCACAGUGCCGUCACAAGACUCUACCACCUCUCCUGGCAGCAUGGCUUCGGGAGCCACAGAGGGACCGUCUGUCAGCUCCCAAACCACAGACGUGGCUGUGGAAUCCACACCGUCCUCACCCAGCUCAUCUUCAGAGCACACGUCUGCCUCCUCUGACAGCUCCCAAAGCACAGUCAUGCAUGGUGGAUCUACAGGCUUCCCAAGCAGCUCAGGUGAAGGACACACCACAGCGACUUCUGACACAACCCCAUCCACACCUCUGACUGAGGCAACGAAAAGCUCUCCAAGCAGCCCAAGCUCUGCACACACAGCAGGGCCAUCACACAGCCCUCUCACCGCAGGCACGGCCGAGGGACUGACAACACCUGAAGGCAUCUCUGAAUCUGCACACUCAACAGACUCGCUACAGACCUUGGCAACCACAGUCCCAUCUGAAGCAUCCACAGCUUCCAAAGGAAGCCUUGGUUCAUCUCCCACUGCACCAUCAACCUACAGCUCCCAAACUGCAGUUUCGGAAGGGGUGUCUACGGCUGCACCCAGCAGCAGCACCACCUUGGACUAUGCAACAGUGCAGACAGACGUCACGGUCCUUUCUGAGGCAUCCACAUUCUCUGGAACAAGCCCCGUCUCCACUCACACUCCACCGUCACCACACAGCUCGCCUAGCUCAGUGUCCGGGGAAGGACAGACAUUCUCACCUGGCAGCACAGACUCAGAACUCACAGGUGUGCCCUCCUCCAGCUCUCACAGCACUGCCCGGUCUGUGGGAUCUACAGCCACGGCAGCGAGCUCAGCCACAGCAGAGUCCACUGACAGCCCACAAACCACAGGCCUGGGUGGAGGAUGGACAGCAUCUGCACAGGGGUCACCCACAGCAAGCACUGCCACGCCCUCUGGUAGCUCCCAAACCACCAUCUUGCCUUUCUCUUCCACAGCUUUAGCAGGCAGCCCGGAUUCAGCACACAGUACAGGGCCAACACACAGCCCCCUGACCCCAGGGGAGACCGAAGUGUCCACAGCCUCACCUGCUAGUCCAGGCUCAGCACUCACAACGCUGUCAUCAGACACAGUGCACACAGCCCUCCUGACUGUGGAGUCUGCCACCUUCCAAAGCAGCCUCACCACCACACCCACAGGAGUGUCUCCCAGCAACUCCCCAGCCACCAUCUCGCCUCACAGACCUGCAACACUCUCACCGGACUCCUCUUCAGGGCACACGAGCGUCUCAUCUGAGAGCUCUCAAAGCACAGCUGAGCAUGCAGAACCAACUGCCACAAGCAGCUGGACUUCGACACACACUACAGUGAUAGUGGAUGUCACCUCCCCAGCCACCAUUUGGCCAGAAGCAUCUGCAAGCUUUCCAAGCAGCACAGGCCCACCACACACCACAGUUUCAGCACAGAGCACUCACAUCUCAGUCACGGGUGAGGGAUGGACGACCGGGAAAGUCAGCUCUGAGUCUACACCCUCAAUGCUGCCCUCACAGACCUCUGCAGCCACAGACCGUGGGGAUGCAUCCAGUGUGUCUCAGGGGAGCCCUGUUCCGGCACAUACAAUUCCCUCAUCCUACAGCUCCCGAACCUCAGUGCGGGGUGAGGGAACCACAGUGUUUCUGGCUGACACCAGUCCAGAUAUGACAACAGUGCCAUCAGACAGCACCCCAACCUCAGUCCUCUCUGAAACAUCCACAGUCUUUGAAAGAAGUCCUUCCACACUGAGUGCACUGGCCCCAGGAGACUCCCAAACCACAGUGCCGUCACAAGACUCUACCACCUCUCCUGGCAGCAUGGCUUCGGGAGCCACAGAGGGACCGUCUGUCAGCUCCCAAACCACAGACGUGGCUGUGGAAUCCACACCGUCCUCACCCAGCUCAUCUUCAGAGCACACGUCUGCCUCCUCUGACAGCUCCCAAAGCACAGUCAUGCACGGUGGAUCUACAGGCUUCCCAAGCAGCUCAGGUGAAGGACACACCACAGCGACUUCUGACACAACCCCAUCCACACCUCUGACUGAGGCAACGACAAGCUCUCCAAGCAGCCCAAGCUCUGCACACACAGCAGUGCCAUCACACAGCCCUCUCACCACAGGCACGGCCGAGGGACUGACGACACCUGAAGGCAUCUCUGAAUCUGCACACUCAUCAGACUCGCUACAGACCUUGGCAACCACAGUCCCAUCUGAAGCAUCCACAGCUUCCAAAGGAAGCCUUGGUUCAUCUCCCACUGCACCAUCAACCUACAGCUCCCAAACUGCAGUUUCGGAAGGGGUGUCUACGGCUGCACCCAGCAGCAGCACCACCUCGGACUCUGCAACAGUUCAGACAGACGUCACGGUCCUUUCUGAGGCAUCCACAUUCUCUGGAACAAGCCCCGUCUCCACUCACACUCCACCGUCACCACACAGCUCGCCUAGCUCAGUGUCCGGGGAAGGACAGACAUCCUCGCCUGGCAGCACAGACUCAGAACUCACAGGUGUGCCCUCCUCCAGCUCUCACAGCACUGCACAGUCUGUGGGAUCUACAGCCACGGCAGCGAGCUCAGCCACAGCAGAGUCCACUGACAGCCCACAAACCACAGGCCUGGGUGGAGGAUGGACAGCAUCUGCACGGGGGUCACCCACAGCAAGCACUGCCACGCCCUCUGGUAGCUCCCAAACCACCAUCUUGCCUUUCUCUUCCACAGCUUUAGCAGGCAGCCCGGAUUCAGCACACAGUACAGGGCCAACACACAGCCCCCUGACCCCAGGGGAGACCGAAGUGUCCACAGCCUCACCUGCUAGUCCAGGCUCAGCACUCACAACGCUGUCAUCAGACACAGUGCACACAGCCCUCCUGACUGUGGAGUCUGCCACCUUCCAAAGCAGCCUCACCACCACACCCACAGGAGUGUCUCCCAGCAACUCCCCAGCCACCAUCUCGCCUCACAGACCUGCAACACUCUCACCGGACUCUUCUUCAGGGCACACGAGCGUCUCAUCUGAGAGCUCUCAAAGCACAGCUGAGCAUGAAGAACCAACUGCCACAAGCAGCUGGACUUCGACACACACUACAGUGAUAGUGGAUGUCACCUCCCCAGCCACCAUUUGGCCAGAAGCAUCUGCAAGCUUUCCAAGCAGCACAGGCCCACCACACACCACAGUUUCAGCACAGAGCACUCACAUCUCAGUCACGGGUGAGGGAUGGACGACCGGGAAAGUCAGCUCUGAGUCUACACCCUCAAUGCUGCCCUCACAGACCUCUGCAGCCACAGACCGUGGGGAUGCAUCCAGUGUGUCUCAGGGGAGCCCUGUUCCGGCACAUACAACUCCCUCAUCCUACAGCUCCCGAACCUCAGUGCGGGGUGAGGGAACCACAGUGUUUCUGGCUGACACCAGUCCAGAUAUGACAACAGUGCCAUCAGACAGCACCCCAACCUCAGUCCUCUCUGAAACAUCCACAGUCUUUGAAAGAAGUCCUUCCACACUGAGUGCACUGGCCCCAGGAGACUCCCAAACCACAGUGCCGUCACAAGACUCUACCACCUCUCCUGGCAGCAUGGCUUCGGGAGCCACAGAGGGACCGUCUGUCAGCUCCCAAACCACAGACAUGGCUGUAGAAUCCGCACCGUCCUCACCCAGCUCAUCUUCAGAGCACACGUCUGCCUCCUCUGACAGCUCCCAAAGCACAGUCAUGCACGGUGGAUCUACAGGCUUCCCAAGCAGCUCAGGUGAAGGACACACCACAGCGACUUCUGACACAACCCCAUCCACACCUCUGACUGAGGCAACGACAAGCUCUCCAAGCAGCCCAAGCUCUGCACACACAGCAGUGCCAUCACACAGCCCUCUCACCACAGGCACGGCCGAGGGACUGACGACACCUGAAGGCAUCUCUGAAUCUGCACACUCAUCAGACUCGCUACAGACCUUGGCAACCACAGUCCCAUCUGAAGCAUCCACAGCUUCCAAAGGAAGCCUUGGUUCAUCUCCCACUGCACCAUCAACCUACAGCUCCCAAACUGCAGUUUCGGACGGGGUGUCUACGGCUGCACCCAGCAGCAGCACCACCUCGGACUCUGCAACAGUGCAGACAGACGUCACGGUCCUUUCUGAGGCAUCCACAUUCUCUGGAACAAGCCCCGUCUCCACUCACACUCCAGCGUCACCACACAGCUCGCCUAGCUCAGUGUCCGUGGAAGGACAGACAUCCUUGCCUGGCAGCACAGACUCAGAACUCACAGGUGUGCCCUCCUCCAGCUCUCACAGCACUGCACAGUCUGUGGGAUCUACAGCCACGGCAGCGAGCUCAGCCACAGCAGAGUCCACUGACAGCCCACAAACCACAGGCCUGGGUGGAGGAUGGACAGCAUCUGCACGGGGGUCACCCACAGCAAGCACUGCCACGCCCUCUGGUAGCUCCCAAACCACCAUCUUGCCUUUCUCUUCCACAGCUUUAGCAGGCAGCCCGGAUUCAGCACACAGUACAGGGCCAACACACAGCCCCCUGACCCCAGGGGAGACCGAAGUGUCCACAGCCUCACCUGCUAGUCCAGGCUCAGCACUCACAACGCUGUCAUCAGACACAGUGCACACAGCCCUCCUGACUGUGGAGUCUGCCACCUUCCAAAGCAGCCUCACCACCACACCCACAGGAGUGUCUCCCAGCAACUCCCCAGCCACCAUCUCGCCUCACAGACCUGCAACACUCUCACCGGACUCCUCUUCAGGGCACACGAGCGUCUCAUCUGAGAGCUCUCAAAGCACAGCUGAGCAUGAAGAACCAACUGCCACAAGCAGCUGGACUUCGACACACACUACAGUGAUAGUGGAUGUCACCUCCCCAGCCACCAUUUGGCCAGAAGCAUCUGCAAGCUUUCCAAGCAGCACAGGCCCACCACACACCACAGUUUCAGCACAGAGCACUCACAUCUCAGUCACGGGUGAGGGAUGGACGACCGGGAAAGUCAGCUCUGAGUCUACACCCUCAAUGCUGCCCUCACAGACCUCUGCAGCCACAGACCGUGGGGAUGCAUCCAGUGUGUCCCAGGGGAGCCCUGUUCCGGCACACACAACUCUCUCAUCCUACAGCUCCCGAACCUCAGUGCUGGGUGAGGGAACCACAGUGUUUCUGGCUGACACCAGUCCAGAUAUGACAACAGUGCCAUCAGACAGCACCCCAACCUCAGUCCUCUCUGAAACAUCCACAGUCUUUGAAAGAAGUCCUUCCACACUGAGUGCACUGGCCCCAGGAGACUCCCAAACCACAGUGCCGUCACAAGACUCUACCACCUCUCCUGGCAGCAUGGCUUCGGGAGCCACAGAGGGACCGUCUGUCAGCUCCCAAACCACAGACAUGGCUGUAGAAUCCACACCGUCCUCACCCAGCUCAUCUUCAGAGCACACGUCUGCCUCCUCUGACAGCUCCCAAAGCACAGUCAUGCACGGUGGAUCUACAGGCUUCCCAAGCAGCUCAGGUGAAGGACACACCACAGCGACUUCUGACACAACCCCAUCCACACCUCUGACUGAGGCAACGACAAGCUCUCCAAGCAGCCCAAGCUCUGCACACACAGCAGGGCCAUCACACAGCCCUCUCACCACAGGCACGGCCGAGGGACUGACGACACCUGAAGGCAUCUCUGAAUCUGCACACUCAUCAGACUCGCUACAGACCUUGGCAACCACAGUCCCAUCUGAAGCAUCCACAGCUUCCAAAGGAAGCCUUGGUUCAUCUCCCACUGCACCAUCAACCUACAGCUCCCAAACUGCAGUUUCGGACGGGGUGUCUACGGCUGCACCCAGCAGCAGCACCACCUCGGACUCUGUGACAGUCCCAGCCCUUUCUGAGACAUCCACAUUCUCUGGAACAAGUCCCGUCUCCACUCACACUCCAGCAUCACCACACAGCUCUCCUAGCUCAGUGUCCGGGGAAGGACAGACAUCCUCGCCUGGCAGCACAGACUCAGAACUCACAGGUGCGCCCUCCUCCAGCUCUCACAGCACUGCACAGUCUGUGGGAUCUACAGCCAAGGCAGCGAGCUCAGCCACAGCAGAGUCCACUGACAGCCCACAAACCACAGGCCUGGGUGGAGGAUGGACAGCGUCUGCACAGGGGUCACCCACAGCAAGCACUGCCAUGCCCUCUGGUAGCUCCCAAACCACCAUCUUGCCUUCCUCUUCCACAGCUUUAGCAGGCAGCCCGGAUUCAGCACACAGUACAGGGCCAACACAGAGCUCCCUGACCCCAGGGGAGACCGAAGUGUCCACAGCCUCACCUGCUAGUCCAGGCUCAGCACGAACAACUCUGCCAUCAGACACUGACUACACCACAGCUGUGCCUGAAGAUUGGACAGCAGUUUCAAGCCACCCAGUAUCAUCAUCCCACACAGUGAGGACAGAAACGUCUCAUUCUACACCUGUGUCUCCAGGAUCUCCCACCAGCCACAGUACUCUAGGUUCCAUCCCCACAGGAGUGUCACCUGAUAGUCCCCAAACCACAGUGCUGGCUCAGGAAGCUACAGCAUCCUCUGCUCACCUCACCUCUUCAGCACACAUCACGGCUUCUUCUCAGAGCUCCCUGAGCUCAGCGCACCCCUCAGGAGCCACAACCUUUCCCAGCAGCCCGGGUUCCAUACCCACCACCAUGAUCUCUCAUACAGCCCAAAACACCGUCUCUGAAGCUGCUUCUUCAGCCUCUUCUUUGAAUUCCUCCUCUUCCGUUUUGACAGUCUCUGCCUCUUCUGCUCUUCCAGUUUCCUCUAGCUCUUCUCCUCUUCCCUCUUCCCCCACCUCUCUGUCUACCCAGUCCCCAUUCCCAGGUGUCAGCAGCAGCUGGUCCACUGUGCACUCCACGUCCAUUGCCACCACUUCCAAGGUCGUCUCUUCGACAUCAAUGCAAUGCUUCAAUGGGGGAUCGUGGAACGGAAACAGGUGUGACUGCAAACCUGGCUCCACCGGUCAGCAGUGCCAGUUCCUCGUGUACAACUUCCUCCUAGAGACCCCACUAGUCAUGGCAAAGGUCCAUGUGACAGUGAAAGUGACUCACAGGAAUUUCACGAAGGACCUGGCUGACCCAUCUUCCCCGACAUACCUGAACUUCACUGAUUUGUUCAAGAAGCGGAUGAAUGAAGUGUACAGAGGCUCUGAUCUCCCCCAGUACAAAGAGGUGAUCAUCAACAAUCUGGCUGAAGGCAGCAUCGUGGUGCAAAAUGACGUUGUCCUGGAGGCAAACUACACCCCGGAGUAUAAAGAACUGUUUAAGAACCUCACAAAGGUCGUGAGGCACAAAAUCUUGGAAGAAACCAAUUCAUCUGAAAGUGAUAACAUCAAGUGUGAAGGCUCCAAGCUGUGUUACAAUAUGAAGGACACUGCUGUGGAGGAGGCCGUCCCGAACUUCAGCCAGGAGCAAUGUAGACGGGAUGCUGCCGAUGAGUAUGGUCAGUUCUACUCUGUGGAGGAGAUGAAUGGGCAGCUGUACUGUGUGACCAGGUGCACCCGAGGCUCCAAGGACUACCUCAACUGCAACCUGGGCGAGUGCCAACUGCUGCUCAGCGGCCCCCACUGCCUAUGCCCGAACACAGACUCACACUGGUACUGGGGAGAGACCUGUGAGUCGAAUAUCAGCAAGAACCUGGUGUACGGACUGGUGGGCACCGUGUUGGCAGUGCUGCUGGUCAUCAUGCUGAUCCUGGCUAUCUUCCUUGGGCACUCCAAGCGGAGACUGCACAGACUCGACAUUACAGGACAGAUUUGGCCUGGAGAAUGCCUACAGCCGCUUCCAGCCCUCGCUAGAGACCGUCAAUCCCACCGCACAGUUCCACUUUCAGAAGCCAGAGGUGGUGAAGAUUACUCGAUGAGAGGCACCCAGGCUCCCAGCCUUCAUGCAGGUUUGGACCAGAGAGUGACCCAGAGCACACCACGAACCCCGGACUGGCCGAGAAGAAAGCAGUGCUGGGCCCUGAGGCCGUGUCUGUGCACAGUGGAUGGACUGGCCUGUGGUUUCCUGUUACAGCCCGCUGGAAAGGCCAUGGGGACUGUGAGCGGUUCCAUCUGCUCCUUCACUCUCGCCGGCUGCCCAGGGGUCCUAGGCUACCAGAUCCCUUGGCAUCUUUGUUCACCCUCGGGCUUCUCCCCACUGUGGAAUUUUCCUGACAAUAAAAGCAAUUUUUAAAGAGCA